CGUAGAUUUUCAACGCAAAGCGGGAAAACGGAACGUAGAGAAGGUGCCCAAGCGAAAGGGAGUAAGCCUUCACAUUCUUGGAAGUUUGGCAGAGAGAGCGAGCAAGAGCAAAAUAGUUGUUGGUGUAUUAGAUUUUUGGUAUUGGCGAUGAUGGCCAAUGUGAUCGAUCAAGAUCAGCAAUGGCUGCUCAACUGCUUGUCCGCCACUCUCGAUCCGAACCAAGAGCUCCGCUCCUUCGCUGAAGCUUCCCUUCACCAGGCCUCUCGUCAACCAGGUUUUGGAACUGCACUAUCCAAGGUUGCUGCAAACAGGGAGCUUCCGCUGGGGUUGCGCCAGCUAGCUGCCGUCCUUCUGAAGCAGUUCAUUAAGAAACAUUGGGAGGAGGGUGAUGACUCUUUUGAACAUCCUGCUGUUUCUAGUGAUGAAAAGGCAGUCAUUCGCAGACUUCUUUUAUUUUCAUUGGAUGACUCUCACAAAAAAAUUUGCACAGCAAUUAGUAUGGCUGUGGCAUCCAUUGCAGUCUAUGACUGGCCAGAGAAUUGGCCUGACUUAUUGCCGUUCAUGCUGAAGUUGAUAAGUGAUCAAACUAAUAUGAAUGGUGUUCAGGGAGCUCUAAGGUGCUUAGCUCUACUCUCUGGAGACUUGGAUGAUAAAAUGGUGCCAGCACUGGUUCCGGUUUUGUUCCCAUGCUUGCUUACAAUUGUGUCAUCUCAUCAGGUCUAUGACAAAUACAUACGGGCAAAAGCCACUUCAAUAGUUUAUUCUUGUGCCUCCGUGCUGGGGGCAAUGGGUGGUGUAUACAAGACAGAAAGCACUGCAUUAAUAGGGCCUAUGCUUAAACCAUGGAUGGAUCAGUUUUCUAUUAUUUUAGAAGAGCCUGUGCAAGCUGAAGAUCCUGAUGAUUGGAGUCUAAGAAUGGAGGUUUUGAAGUGUUUGAAUCAGUUUGCUCAGACUUUUCCUAGCCUUACUGAAAGUCAAUUUAUGGUAAUUGUCGGACCAUUGUGGAAAACAUUUGAAUCAUCUCUUAGGGUAUAUGUGAGAUCAUCUAUUGAAGGUACAGAAGAUUCAUAUGAGGGAAGAUACGACUCUGAUGGCGCAGAGAAGAGCCUUGAUUCAUUUGUCAUCCAGAUGUUUGAGUUUCUUCUGACCAUUGUUGGUAGUGCAAAAUUGGUAAAGGUUGUUGCAAAUAGCGUCAAUGAGGUGGUGUAUCAUACUAUUGCUUUUCUGCAAAUGACAGAACAGCAGGUGCAUACUUGGUCAGUGGAUGCUAACCAAUUUGUUGCUGAUGAGGAUGAUGUCACUUAUAGCUGUCGUGUUUCUGGAUCACUUUUACUCGAAGAGAUUGUUAAUACUUGUGGUGGAGAAGGAAUAGAUGCAAUUAUGGAUGCGGCAAAAAAGCGAUUUAACGAGUCUCAUCAACAAAAAGCUGCUGGUUCUACGGUUUGGUGGAGGAUAAGGGAGGCUACUCUAUUUGCGCUGGCAUCUGUUUCCGAACAACUGGUCGAAUUACAGGUGUUGGAAAUGACAAGAAUUGAUGUAGGAAACCUUUUGGAGCAAAUAAUCACCGAAGACAUUGGGAUUGGGGUACAUGAAUGUCCCUUUCUUUAUGCUCGUAUUUUUACGUCAAUUGCUAAGUUCACCUCUGUGAUCAGUCAUGGAGUUCUUGAGCAGUUACUCAAUGCUGCUAUCAGGGCAAUUGGCAUGGAUGUGCCUCCACCUGUAAAAGUAGGCGCCUGCCGGGCACUUUCCCAGCUUCUACCUGAAGCAAACAAAGAAACGAUUCGACCCCAAAUGAUGGGUUUAUUUUCAUCACUUGUUGAUCUUCUUAACCAAGCAUCUGAUGAGACCUUGCACCUGGUGCUUGAAACACUGCAAGCUGCAAUUAGGGCUGACAAUGAAUCAUCGGCAUCCAUGGAGCCCAUCAUCUCUCCUGUAAUCCUUAAUGUGUGGGCGUUGCAUGUCUCAGAUCCUUUUAUCAGCAUUGAUGCACUUGAUGUUCUGGAGGCAUUAAAAAAUUCUUCUGGUUGUAUACAUCCACUGGUAUCCCGAGUCUUGCCAUAUAUUGGGCCAAUUUUAGACAAACCCCAACAACAGCCUGAUGGAUUAAUAGCGGGGUCAUUGGAUCUGAUGACUAUGCUCUUGAAGGAUUCUCCUAGUGAUGUAGUGAAAGCCAUCUAUGAUGUCUGUUUUGGAGCUGUUGUCCGGAUAGUUCUUCAAAGUGAUGAUCAUAGUGAAAUGCAGAAUGCAACUGAAUGUUUGGCUGCUUUUGUAUCUGGGGGAAGACAAGAAAUGAUCACUUGGGGUGGUGAUUCUGGAUUUACCAUGAGAAGUUUACUUGAUGCAGCUUCAAGGCUUCUAGACCCCGAAUUGGAAAGCUCUGGUUCUCUUUUCGUUGGGACCUACAUUCUGCAGCUUAUACUGCAUCUGUCGUCUGAAAUGUCACAGCAUAUUCGAAACCUGGUUGCUGCUCUUGUUAGACGAAUGCAAUCUGUUCAAAUAGUGGGAUUGAGAAGUUCCUUGCUACUUAUUUUUGCUAGAUUAGUUCAUAUGAGUUCCCCAAAUGUUGAGCAAUUUAUUGAUUUGCUGGUCAGCAUCCCAGCUGAAGGCUAUGAUAAUUCCUUUGCUUAUGUAAUGUCAGAAUGGACAAAGCAGCAAGGUGAAAUUCAGGGGGCCUACCAAAUUAAAGUGACUACCAGUGCUUUGGCAUUGUUGCUUAGUACCAGGCAUGUUGAAUUAGCCAAAAUCAAUGUCCAACACCAUCUAAUUAAGACUGCUCCCGGAAUAACCACGCGCUCCAGAGCUAAAUUUGCUCCAGAUCAGUGGACGGUGGUGCCACUUCCUGCAAAGAUGUUGGCGCUGUUGGCAGAUGUAUUAGUUGAAAUCCAAGAACAAGAUUUGGCAGAUGAUGAUGAGGCGGAUAGUGACUGGGAAGAGGUUCAAACUGAGGAUAUAGAAACUGAUAAAGAUUUGCUUGAUUCACUGUGUACUACAUCAUCCUGUAGGCCAACAUACGGACAUCUUGAAGCAAUAGAAAAAGUAUUUAACAAGGAUCAAGACGAUGACUAUGAAGAUGACCAACUAAGAGUCGUGGAUCCCCUUAAUCAGAUCAAUCUGGCUCUCUAUCUUGGAGAUUUCUUUGUGAAUUUUUGUCAGCAUGACAGACAGCUGUUUGAGAAACUUUGCCAGAAUUUGACGCAGUCUGAAAGGGAUGCUAUUCAGAUGGUACUGAAUCGCUAAGGUCUUUAUUUGGUAUUCCUUAUUUUUGGGUGCUGUUCCAUUCAUUGGUUGAUCGAAAGGAAGGAAAAAAAAAAUCUUGCAGUUGCAAGGGAUGAAAGGCUAGAGGUUGAGUUUGUAAGGUAUGAGGUUUUAUUUUCCUGUAUUUUUUGCAAUUUUUGGAUUUAGCGUCAGUGUUGAGUGGUGAUUGAGAAAAUGUAAUUUCUUACAGGUAUACCCUAAUUGAAAAUUUUGUUGCCAUUAUUAUUGAGAAAUAGUUCCUAUAUCCGGUAGGGAUUUCAUUAUUCCAAGCCAUAGAGGAGUGAGUGUGGUCAAGGAAA